AUGUCCUUUUUUGACACUCUUCGUCAAAAAGCGGCUUCAGUCAAGUUUCUGGACAAGCUGACCGAUUCUACCGAGCCAAUUAAUAGAGAUGAGAAGUUUCGACUAGUCUAUAAACUCCCCCAGGGAGAGUUAAUCGUUGAUGAUACAAAUGCCGACAUAUCCGUGAUGCGUCCCAACACCGGGCGAAUUAGGGCCAAAAGCGCUGGCGAUGGCACCCGCGCCAGCAAUACAUCCUACGUUUACUCUGGCCGUCUGUAUUUGACCCGGCACUAUCUGGUCUUCAAAGACUCUUUCGACACCACGUCGUGCACAUUUACCAUCAACUUGAGCACUGUUCGGAAAGUGGAACGUGCUGCUUCGUCAUCAUACGCAACUUCAUUGGCCAUCACACUUCACUGUCAGACCAGAAUUGCCAUCCAAUUCAUUGGUCUCAGAAACAGAACGGAUAGCUUUUGCCAAAAACUAAAAGAAGCCCUACGAGAGAACGUCCCCAACACCAAGAGACUGGCUCCGUUUCUAGACAGCUGCUAUUCGGAGUAUCUGAUUGCAAAAAACGUGCUGAACAAACCUGACGUUCACCCACCACCUUCUGGCCUGGGACAGAAAUAUAGGUAUCCCGGAGACGUUUCGAAAGAGAAGCCAAAGCUAAAACUAUGGUUUGACUAUUUUCAAGAUCAAGGUAGGAAUCUCACUAUAGUGAAAACAGGUCUUUUUUAUAAGUUGAUCAGAGUUGGCAUUCCAAACAGGUUAAGGGGCGAGAUAUGGGAACUUUGCGCCGGUUCAAUGUAUUCCAGGUUUGCCAAUCCUGAAGAAUAUCAGACUCUUUUGAAGAACAACGCCGGGAAGGAAUCGCGCGCUAUCGAAGAGAUUGAAAAGGAUCUAAAUAGGUCCUUGCCUGAAUACGCAGCUUACCAAGACGAAGUCGGCAUAAACCGGUUACGGAACGUUCUGACGGCAUACUCUUGGAAAAAUCCGGACGUCGGAUACUGUCAGGCUAUGAAUAUUCUAGUGGCUGGCUUAUUGAUAUUUAUGACCGAAGAGCAGGCUUUUUGGUGUUUAGUGAGUGUUUGCGACAAUUACGUUCCUGGGUACUACUCAAAGACCAUGUACGGUACUCUACUAGAUCAGAAGGUCUUUGAGUCAUUUGUCGAACAGAAGAUGCCUGUUAUGUGGGAACAUAUCAAGAAACAUGACAUUCAACUCUCGGUAGUUUCCUUACCUUGGUUUUUGUCUCUCUUUUUCACCUCCAUGCCCCUACCAUUUGCGUUUCGGAUAAUGGAUAUUUUUCUGCUAAACGGACCCAAUGCGCUUUUCCAAGUUGCACUAGGAGUUCUCAAAGUAAAUGGGGAAGAUCUUUUAGAAGUGGACGAUGAUGGAAUGUUCAUCGCCAUUUUGAAACACUACUUCCAGACUUUGGAUCAAAGCGCCCAUCCAGAUUCUACAAACGCAAAAUAUAAGCAGAUAACCAAGUUUCAGGAACUUUUGGUCGUUUCUUUCAAAGAGUUCAGCAACAUAACCGUGCCGAUGGUCGAGCAACAAAGGACACGUUUCAGCAAAGACAUUCAACAGAACAUUGAGUCCUUUGCGAAAAGGACACAGUUGCGAAAUCUUCCACAAGUUCGUAAUUUAACUCCGGAUCAGCUAUCGAACGUCUAUGACUCAUUUUAUCUCUGCAUCGAAAGCCAUAAAAUAAGCAUGGGCACAGGAUCAUCAAACUUGGAUUUUGAAGCAUUUCUACAAUUCCUGAGCUCAUUUUGUGACUGGUGUAAGCCCGGGGAUAGUGAUCAUUUACCAAGAUUCCGUAAACAAAAACGAGACUUUUUAAAACGAGUUUUUGCCCGAUGGGACCGCUCGUCAAUUGGGGAGCUGUCAUUGAGCGAUGUUGUCUACGGAUUGGAUGGGUUAUUAUCUGCUGACAUUAUGUCAACGAUCAACAACUUUUUUGCUUUCUUUUCGCAACCCGGUGUCGAAGAAGUCACUGGUGAGGGUAUCUUACAGCUCUCUGAGGCUUUGUUGUUCUUGACAGACGCAUGGAGAAGCGGGCGGUGUGUUGAUCAAUUAACAAAGCGGGCCAUUGAAGAUGACAUUGCGGAAUCACUUGUUGAAAAGAGCUCUGGUCACGGUGAAGCAAUUAAUGAUUUCGAGCUUCCUUCUGGGGUUACCAUAGAUGAGGAAAAGUAUAAGCAAGAACAGACAGAACGAUACCUCCGGGCGGCUAGUAGCUUUCUGCAGCGCUCCUUCGAAUAUGCUCGUGCGUCGGAACCUGAAGAAGAGAUUGACUUACUAGAUCUAUCGGAUAACGAAGGCGAGAGCAGCGAGCACAAGAAAAAGAAGUGGGAAACUUUGAAAGCGAACGCAGCUUUGGACCCGGGCAAGCGCUCAGUCAUGAAUUUGGCAACUUUCCGCAUGAUAAUACUAGCCGAUGAAACUUAUGAGAUGUUUUUCGCGACAACGUUGAGAGCUUCCAUUCACGUUGACGAAAAAGUUGCGAGCCUCGACGGUCGCGUUAGUGGCCUGAAAAAUAUGUUUGACGGGCUGCUGGCAGAUGGGAAGCGAGUAGCGUCCCAGGUACGUCGCAGAGUUGACUCUGUUGCGACAAGAAACAGCGCGUCUUCGGGCUCCGUCAUGGAAAGUUCAGAAAACCAAGAAGAAGUGGAUGAUUUUAGCACUGGCCACGCUUACGAACAUGACGAACUGCUGAAGAACGACCUGAUCUCUACGGACGAUGGGGAUAUAAAUCAAGAUCACUUGGAGUCCCAACGCAAGAAGCUGGAAAGCUUCUCGUUCACAGAUCCUCUGGACUCGAGAGAGGACAGCUUUGUUGAGUUCGAGGCGUGA